AAUAAACAUAUAAUGCGACCGCAAAAGUUUCGUCUUCCAUGCAAUACAGAAAGUUUCUUACAAACAGAUAAAAAGAUAGUAGUUGUAUCUGUGUUUGGAAAAUCACAAUAUCGUGCAAAAGGAUGCAAAACCAAUAUGCUCAGUUCCAUUCUGCAAGUGGACCUCCUGGAUGAACCAGAAGUGAACACGGAAUCAUUUUGUGAGAUUGAAGGAUAUUAUGAUUCUAAGGAUAGAAUUAUAUAUUUGCAUUUAAGAGGAUUAUUAGACACACAUACCCUUUUAAUAGAAUAUGAUAAGUUUGUAGAAAAACAGGACUGUAAGGAUUUCCUCAGUGUAUGGGCACAUAUGAGAGACAAGUAUGCUAGAGCACUACUUGUUUUGUUUCAUAUAUCACAUGUUAUUAUUCUUACUCAUCCAACUCACACAUUUGACUACAGUUAUGUACAUUUAUUUAGAGCCAUGGAUAAUGUGAGACAAAAGGUAUCACCGCAACUUUCUGAUGUUUUAAGUUGCAUUUACAGCUUGCCUAAAGAUUGGGUAUUGAAUGUUAGGCCUUGCUCUCCACGUGUUUUAUUCUAUUUUGAAACUUGUCCUGCUGUGUUUCAAGAUACUGUCACUAUGGCUAACAUAAAAAAAUUAGAACAUUCCUUGGAAGAUCAGAUAUACCAUGUAUUAAGAAAAAAUCGUAUAGUAACAAAUAUUAGUUCAAAUUCAUUAUUUGCAAUUCCGGCAAAUGAAGAGUUUGUUUAUGUACAUACGGGUAUGACUGAAUCCAGAGAUAUUUUGGGUUACAUGGCAAGAAAACUCAUACAGAGUUGCAAAGUUAGUUCUGGUGGCAGUACUUCAAGGAGUUUGGCUAGCCAAGAUUCUAAUAUUCAAAUAGAUGAUACAGAAAAUGAAAUUCGUUCCUUUAGAUCAUUUCUACAACAACAUGUAAAUCUGGCCUUUGUAAGGGGUUUUGAUGAUAAUGUUGGAAGACAUUCUGUACCUGCCUAUUUUGAGAUACCUAGUGUUACAAUGUUUUGCGAAGUGGCAAAUAAAGUAUAUGACUACUUUAUCCAUGGAACAGAUAAAGAACUAUUAACUUUACAUAGCUUGCUAGACACUGAUGUGAAGUUUAGCAAGAGCAGGUGUAGUAAAGUUCUCCCACGAGCCCUCCAAGCUUACCAAGAGAACCUGCCUCAACACUAUACAAGAGCAUACCAUGAAACAAAACUGGCUCAUGCAAUGGCAGUGUUUGAGAUGCAUGCUAGAGGUCCUUUGUUUGAAGAAUUCAGUGAGAAACUGCAGGCUGAAUGUGAAAAGCACUGGAGAUCUGGUAGACAGAUGUGCGAGGUGCUGUCUCUAACAGGAAAUCCUUGUACGAACCCAAUACAUAGAGGCGGAAGUGAAGGUGCUGGUGGUGGGGAGCAGGCAGAACAAAGGGAUAGCGACAAUGAUUUGCCAAUUAGGGAGCAUUGUAGUGGCGUUCGAUAUAUUUGUGCCUGCAAUUGUGGUCGUUGUCAAGGUUCGAGAGAGGACCCUUUUAGCUUGAGGCAGGCUAAUUAUGAUUAUUUUCAAAUACUGGCUAAACAAUGUGGUUGCGCGCAAUUAGAGAGUAUACAGUUUCCAGUUUUCCAACCAAGUACACAUAAUUAUAGGCCUGCACAGUUAUUUUCUACCAAACGGAAAGAUUCUUUCAGUCAUGGAGAAUCCCCAACGCCUCAAGGAAAUACUCAGGCUUGUAGUUUAGGAGUUAACACUACAGAUGGUACUUUUUAUUCACAGUCUGCAACAACAAGUGAAACUAGUGAAGAUGUUCUUAAGCUCAGCAGUAAAACUAGUCUAACACCUAGUGAUGCACAUAAAGUCGUCAUAGAAGUAUCUGAUAGUGAUGCAGAAAAUGCAAAAGAGAAAUCUCUGGUAAGACAACCUUCAACAACAGAAUAUCUACCAGGAAUGUUGCAUACAGAAUCACCAGCUGGUUUAUUGCCACAGUUUUCUAGUUGGUCUCUAGUUUGUCUUGGCCCAAGUAGUUUAUAUUCUCAUAAUUUGGGUUUACAACAUCAAGCUGGUGUUUUACCUACUUCUGCCUUUCUUCUACCUUGGGAUGUGACUGUAAGAUUAGAACAUCAAAAAGAAAGAGGUUCUUUGUGGCCAACCAUAGGUGAUCAUGGAACUCAUGGCUACUGCCCCAGAGGAAAGAAUUUCCAAAAUAUGAAUACUAUUCGCGGACGGAAAUCAAAAGGUGGGAAAGAAGUAGGAGUGGAAUACGAAUGUCCACGAGGACAUAGAUUCAUGGCAUCUGCACCAGAUAAGGUUUUGAAGGCUACUGGAAAUGGGAUUGUGAAAGACAGUGGAAAUAAAGUUACUUCCAGUACUGUGGAUAUGCCACUUUAUUUUCCAUGCCCUUGUAGACAAACAAAGCCUUUAAUAGCUCAGUUAAUGAGAAUUCACGUGGUAACGCCAAAAGCACCUGUUCACGUUACAUUAAAUCCUAGAGUACAACCUGGACCUCCACCUUGUCCAAUUUUUGUUACUGGUUGUGACGAACCCAUAAAAUUAUCACAAAGUGCCUAUUGGGUUUUAAGAUUACCAUAUGUAUACAUGGAUGAAAAGGGACCAUAUUUGGCGCCAAAAGAACCUGUACCAACAUCACAUGGGAGACUAUUGGCGGGAAUGUAUGGAAUUAGCGAAGUACUUCCUGAAAAGAAAUAA